AUGACCCCCCAGUCAGAAGCAGGGGAGGGUGAUAAACACGUCGAAGAGAAGGAGACCGAAGUACAACCCAAGGAACCAGAGCCAGUGGUGCCACCAGUGUCGAAACCAAAGGCAGCAAAAAAAAGAUUGGUGAUGAAGAAUGAUCCCAAGGCAGAAAGGCCGAAGCCAAUGAGAGUAUCGCAAAGGUGCCUGGGGAGAUGGACAUCCAGUAAGGCAGGAGCAAACACGGCAGGAGAGGCAGUGGAGAUCUCUAGUGAAGAAGAAAGGACUGCUCCUACAAAACCUGGGGAGGAAUCCUUGUCAGCUACCAACCUGAAAGACACCUCAACAGCAACAGAGAUGGUCUCACCCACGCCGAGUGACCGAAAAGAAGAAACUGACGAGAUGGAUGAGGGUCUGGACCUCGCAUCGAAGUCAGUAGGUCAUGAAGAGCCAGUAGAUGACAACACCAUUAUCUGCGUGGUGACCAAGCCUACGGCCCAAAAGGAGCCUUCGACACCAACAAAGGAGAGACUGGAGAAAGACGAAGAUGAAGAUAGAUACCUCCAGGAGAGGAAAAGGAAGGGGAAGGCCCCUGUCACGAAGAAGGAGAGCAGCAAGAAACAACGUAUGGGCAACGCCGGUGUCGUAAUCAAAGAGCCAGAACAGAGAGUCCCACCACGCCGACGGGAGCCAAGUGACAGUGAGUACACCGCCAGUGAGGAAUCAGAGUCAGACAGUGAUGUCUCCUUAUAA